UGGGGUGAAAGGGGGAGGGGGGAAAAGGUUCCUGGGGUACCUAGACCCGAGAGCUGGCCUGCCGGGUCUAGCCCCCGUCCACCUUCAAAAGUUUUCCAACUUUCCCGGAAAGCCCCCAGGGGUCUGCUUCCUCUUGUCAGGGCAGACAUACCUGGAGCUAAACUAGGUUACUUGGAGACCCAGGCGUCCGGGCCCUAAGAGCUCCUGCAGAACCUUUGACCAAAUAAGGGCAAAGUUGCUUCUCUUGCCUCGCCCGCCCCCCUCCCUUCCCCUCUCCGCUUCUGCUUUUCCUGAAGGAGAGUUCUGAGCAUCCAAAGACUCCUCACUUUUCCCACUGAUUCCCUUUAUUUCCUGGGUUUACUUUCCCCCAUUAACACUGAGAUCUAAAUCUCUAGAGGAGUAUGUCAUCCCUUCCUCCCUGGUCCCAUAUUCUAGGUUUGAGAAUCAUGAUCGUUUUCUGCACUAACGUUCCACAGUCCUCAGAGUUUCUCACAGUUCAUUGAUGGGUACUGAGUAUAUAACUUCGCGGGGUGGGUCUUUGGAGAACAAGGUGGGAAUCUUGGUGCACUGACUAACUUGAUGGGCGCUUGGUUCCUCUUCCAGCCAGCUGAGGUGGGUGUCCUGGUUGGCAAAGACCGGUCAAGUUUUUACGUCAAUGGGCUGACACUUGGGGGCCAGAAAUGUUCGGUGAUCCGGGACUCACUGCUGCAGGAUGGGGAGUUUAGCAUGGAUCUUCGUACCAAGAGCACCGGUGGGGCCCCCACCUUCAAUGUCACUGUCACCAAGACUGACAAGACGCUAGUCCUGCUGAUGGGCAAAGAAGGUGUCCACGGUGGUUUGAUCAACAAGAAAUGUUAUGAAAUGGCCUCCCACCUUCGGCGCUCCCAGUACUGACCUCGUCUGUCCCUUCCCCUUCACCGCUCCCCACAGCUUUGCACCCCUUUCCUCCCCCAUACACACAUACACCAUUUUAUUUUUUGGGCCAUUACCCCAUACCCCUUAUUGCUGCCAAAACCACAUGGGCUGGGGACCAGGGCUGGAUGGACAGACACCUCCCCCUACCCAUACCCCUCCUGUGUGUGAUUGGAAAACUUUUUUGUUUUUUGGGUUUUUUUUUUUUUUUUUUUUUUUUCUGAAUAAAAAAGAUUCUAACAA